GGCGGCUCGGACGACCUGGGGCUUAUAAGAGCGGGAUAUCGCCGACCAACCCGCGGUUUCGGUUUCGAGUCUGAAAAGGCACCGAAUUCCCAGUAAUGUCGGUAGCGGCGGAGGACCGCUGAACUGCGCAGAGUUCGUCUCAGUCGGAGCAGGGGAGCCCGGACGGAGGCAGAGAGGCGACGAGGGCUUGUCCGUGCCUUUAUCUCUUUUUCGUUAUUAUGCCCGAUUCGAACGCUCGCUGCCGACACGACCCGCCGAGCCCAUGGUGAAGAGAAAGAAGACGCCGCCCGCCGCCGAAGAGCACGAAAACGGAAUGACGCUGGGCUUAAGGGAAGGCGUCGGUGUCGGCGGGGGGAAGACUUCGUCCCGAAAGCCCGGCGGUUGCGACGACGAGGAGAGCGGAGAUCGGGGGGACGAGGAGCGUCGUACAAAGGGAGAUGGAGUGGAAAUUCUUAAUCCGUCGGCCGCGGGCAGCCCCGCUCCGGCGCCGGUCCUCCCCGUCCCCGCGCCGGCUUCGGUCCGGCAGAGCCAGACCCCGGCUGACCCCGUUCCACCGAGCCACGACCAGCAUCAUUUUCUCCGAUCGAGCGUUCGACCUCCGAGCAAACGGAUCCGGAAGGAUCCCGCCGGCUCCACCAUCAAUGGACAUGGCGGGGCAAAAUCGAAAGAGAAUGGCUCUUCCUCCCAUGGGGCUGCAGGUCAGUCAGGUACUGUGCCUGGCUCCACUGGGGGCGUGUCCAAGGCCUCUAGGGCCCAAGGCCCUGCUGACAAAGAGGAGCAAGCAGGUAACCAAAAGAGAGCCCGUCGCCAGUGGGAGUCCUGGAGCGCAGAGGAUAAAAACAGCUUCUUUGAGGGUCUCUAUGAGCAUGGGAAGGAUUUUGAGGCUAUCCAGAACAACAUCGCCAUGAAGUAUAAGAAGAGAGGCAAACCAGCCAACAUGGUGAAGAACAAGGAACAAGUCCGCCAUUUCUACUACCGCACCUGGCACAAGAUCUCCAAACACAUUGACUUUGCCAAUGUGUACUCCCGGGUGCUGAAGAAAUCCUCCCAAGAGUUGUACGGGCUUAUCUGCUACGCCGAGCUGCGUAAGAAGGUUGGAGGAUUAAUGGAUGAUAAGAAUGUGGCAAAGCUCAACGAACUCAUCCAGCAGGGGGCCACCACGGUGCGCUCCAAAGGCAGGAACUUGCGAAUCAAAGCACCCAUGUGUCGUGCACUGAAGAAACUCUGUGACCCAGAUGGAAUAAGUGAUGAGGAGGACCAGAAACCAGUGCGUCUCCCCCUGAGGGUGGCAGUGGAGCUCCAGCCACGCAGUAACCACUCUUGGGCCCGCGUUCAAAGCUUGGCCCACAACCCUCGCCUCAGGAUGAUGGUGGAGCUCCACAGGAAAGUCUCCAGCCUAAUAGAGUACCUGAAACAGAAAUGGGCCUUCCACGACCAGCGAAUUCUGAAAAGUCUACAGGAGAGAGAGGCUCUGGAAGGAAGCCAGUUGAGUGCAGUCUCUCCCAGCAAGUUGCAAAAGGAGGAGGAGCUGUUCCUUUAUCCGGGCGAGAGCAGCACAUUGAUUCCACUGCCUGGUGUAGCGCGUGUGGUCCACUCCAAGGCCUCAUGCACUGUGCACUGGCAGGAGAGUGGCAAGAACCGCCCUGGCUUAAAGGAAUUGCCCGCAGCCCAAAUUCUGGGAAUCCAGACAGCUCAGCCCCCUCGGGGUGGGGCUAAAUCGGGACGUGGUAGCACUUCUGCUGCUAGCGUUACAAUGUUGGUUGACACUCGUCGCCCAGAGCCUCCUACCCCUACGCCUACCCCUGAGCCUCCACCAGACAAUACUGCUCGAACAGAGGAGAGGAAACCCCCCUCUUCGUCUCUGCCACCCUCCACUCAGCAGGUCCUGGCUCCCAGAGUGGAUGGGAGCGGUUCAGGGUCUCUGGAUGAGGGAAAAACAUGUACUGCAUUAGAGGUCAGUGGUGGGGUAGUGGGGGCCAAAGACAAGGAGAGACUGUUAGAGCCCUCAUCAGAUCAGUUUAAGGAGGAGCAGAACGCCAGCACCUCCUCCCCUGAGGCUGCCCGGACUCCUCCGGUCAAGUCUCACGUUGCUCGCUUAGAUGAGGGAGCCCCACAGCUGGGCAGCACUGCCCCAACAGCCAAAGAGCGGACUAUUGAGCAGAUCAGAGAGGAAGGCUGGAGUGUCCGCGGUACAGAGAACGUCACCCUGGCAGAGCUCUACCUGAUGCUGGGGAAGCCCAACAAGCUGCAGCUGGAGUAUGAGUGGCAGCCCACUGUGCCAUUUCCGCCUCCUCCCCAAGAAAACGGACAAGCAUCGGCAUUCCCCCAGCCUCAGCCGCCCUCCAGUACACACCGUGUUCUACGCUGCCUGCUCAGGCUCGUAGCAACAGAGGUCAACCCAAAACCCCUGGCUCCCGAGCUUUGCUCUACGGCUACAUCGCCACUCAAGACCCCCCAGGAGGAACAGUCCCAGACCCUCACUCCUCCAGGCAAGGGUCCCACAGCAGGGGUGCGCAGCCCAAGCUGUGGUCGACAGCAGGCCUCUCUCCGAGGGGGUAAACUAGUGCUGCCAGCACCUGGAGCCUCAGGGGGUCGUAACCUGCCACGCUCUCUGCUGGGGUCAGCACCAGGCAGCGACUCUGAAAGCGGCGUUUUCGUCAUUCCCACCAUGCUGCCACCCAACAGUUCACGUCAUUCCAGAAUGUUCUCUCCCAACAAAGAGGCGGAGCUAGCCUUCAGGCAGCAGCUUGACUCCAUCAGUAUGCAUUCAGAUCUUUUCCUUUCCAAACAGAGAAAACCUCGGAGCAGACAGCUACGGAAGCCCCUUGUCGUUCAGCGAACCCUGCUUCCCCGCACUACCGGCGACUCUCCUCAGCAUGUGUGCUCCGUCUCCAUCCUCUCCAACUCCUCAGCAACAGGAACUGGCUCCUUCCGGCCAAUCCAAACCCGUCUGGCCCCCUCUUCCCGCCCUCUCCCCUCCAAAUCCUCCUCUGCAAACUUGAGCUCUGCAACAACCAGCCAGCUCUCCAGUGCCAUUGACUUGGCAGCUAAGACUGCAGGCAUCAUACCUAGUAGCCCCUGUCGGGAGCUCGAAUCCCCAAAUGUUGACAGCAGCAACCUGCUUGGUUCCACAGCCAGUGCUGAUGGGGAAUCGGACACACAGCUCCUCCAGCACAACACUCCAGAGAAUGGCCAGCCCCCACCUUCUCCUGGAGUGGCAACAAGUGGGGAUUCACUCCUCUCACCGCCCAGUGUCGCCUCACUCCUGGACAUCUCUCUGCCUGGGCCUCCUGAAGAGGCCAUGGCACCUGGAGAACCCCAAACACACAUCAGUGACUCAAUCAUUGAGCUCGCCAUCAACUCUGCCAAUUAUGGUGAAGAGGCCUCCCUCUCCCCAGCCAAAAUUAACAACAGUGACGGCUCAAAGCUUUUGGCCUCCUCGCCCCCGGUCAGCCCAUCCCGGGGCUGGAUCCCCUCACCCAGCCAUGACCCCCAGUGGUACCCCAACGACUCGUCCGACUCCACAUUAGGAUGCCUCCUCUCCAGCCUGGUGUCUCCUGAUAAGGGCAGACGAACCACCCUCACCCCCUCUGGCCCCUCCAGUGGUACAGCCCUUCUCGGUCCCAGCCUCCUGGACUGCAACUCGCAUGAUUCCUUUCAAUCUCGUGGCCUUCCAGAUGUGGCAGAAAUGGACACCCAGCUGGCCUGUAUGAUGAGCGAGAGCAGUGUUGAUUACAUCGCUCGCUUCAACGACCUGGCGCAGGAGCUUGCUGUGACCGAGCCCUCCAUUCCACCUCCCUGAGCCCUGACAGGAACUGACCCAUCCCAUC